AUGGAACCCCGCGCCAGCGCAGCCCGGCAGCACGCCCUCCUGAUGGCAAACCUCCUCCUGUCCGCAGACCAGAGCACUUGCCCUUUAAGAACCUGCGUUUCCACUGCGAUGUUCGUCAUCUGCCGCCGUGACCCAAGUGCCCUUUGCGUUUCGAACGGGGCUCUUCUGAAACAUCUAAGAGCAAAUCGGUUUCUAGGGGCAGAAAAGGUAGGUCCGUACCUCCCGGGCCCGCGGGCGCCCCCGCCAGGGUUCGGCCGCGCUCAGCCCGCUGUCCCCGCGCAGGGGGAGGGCACCCGCCCAGCCGCGCUGACAGGUGGCGCUGUUGGAAGAGCCGCCAGGCUCGCCGCCUCCCGAGCCCGUGUCUCGCCGCGUGUACCGGUCCCGGCUGUGGCGUCCCGGGGUGAAAGACGCGCCGGACACCGGAAGGUGCUCUGCGCCUUCCGGGAAGGCGCCGCCUCGUGGACACCGGCGGUUGAACCGGGUAACACGGCGUCCAGGGCCAAACGGAGGGCUUCGGGGAGGGGGGCCCCGCAGCCGCCUGGCGCCCAGGUCCAGCGCGAUGGCGAAGAGGACGAUGAAGUCGAGGAUGAGGACGAAGACGACGACGACAGCGACGAAGAAGCGGAUGAAGACGACGAGUUCGUGGUCGAGGAAGUGCAUAUCGAAUUCGAAGCUGAUUCCAUAUCAGAUGACGAUUACGACGGAAUUAAGACAUUAUUGCAGCAGCUUUUUCUAAAGGCUCCUGUGAACACUGCAGAGCUAACAGAUCUCUUAAUUCAGCAGAACCGUAUUGGGAGUGUGAUUAAGCAAACGGAUGUUUCGGAAGACAGCGAUGACGAUGUGGAUGAAGAUGAGAUUUUUGGUUUCAUAAGCCUUUUGAGUUUAACUGAAAGAAAGGGUACCCAAUGUGCUGAACAAAUUAAAGAGUUGAUUCUAAGCUUCUGUGAGAAGAACUGUGAAAAAAGCAUGGUUGAACAGCUGGACAAGCUUUUAAAUGACACCACCAAGCCUGUGGGCCUUCUCCUAAGUGAAAGAUUCAUUAACGUCCCUCCACAGAUCGCUCUGCCCAUGUACCAGCAGCUUCAGAAAGAAGUAGUGGAGGCACACAAAACCAAUAAGCCAUGUGGGAAGUGCUGCUUUUACCUUCUGAUUAGUAAGACAUUUGUGGAAGCAGGAAAAAACAAUUCCAAAAAGAAAUGGAGCAACCAAACGAAAGAUGAGUUAAUGUUUGCAAACGCAGAGGAAGAAUUUUUCUAUGAGAAGGCAAUUCUGAAGUUCAACUACUCAGUGCAGGAGGAGAGCGACGCCUGUCUGGGUGGCAGAUGGUCUUUUGAUGACGUACCAGUGAAGCCUUUGCGAACUGUGAUGUUAAUUCCAGGUGACAAGAUGAACGAAAUCAUGGAUAAACUGAAAGAAUAUCUAUCUGUCUAACCCAUUUCCAUUGGACAGUGAUGGGCUUGCUUUUGUAAAAUUACCAGAAAACUCAGCGGAGGAUUACUGAAAAACUCAUGACUUUAUUCGGAGUAAGGUCCUUUACAAAAAGUAGGGUUCUGUCCUGUGUGUCUGUGACACAUUUACAAAAUACCAGUUUUUUAAAUUUUGGUCAAAUUAUGAAUGGUUGAUUUAAAACCUUUUCCAAGAAGAAGAAAAACAUGUAAUUUAAAGAACUCAAUAAAAACUUCUAUUUUUUAUUUUAAAAUUUAAAAAA